AUGGAAUCGAUCACGAAGAGAUUUUACACCAAUCUCUUUCGCUCGUCAACACCUGUGUCAAACCUAAUUAUUCCCACUGAAGAGAUUCCACCACGGAUUCUACCUGAUGAGUGCCGCGAUCCAGACCAUAAAGGCAGCCACGGCUCCGGGACCGGACCCUUUUUUAGUAGAACGUUAACACCACCUGCCAGAUCGUUUGGAAAUGGAUCCGUGAUUGAAGAUCGAUGUAUUUUCCCAAUACUAUACGUGAUACUCAAGAUAACGGGAUAUGCGUCACGUCUUAUGGUGUUUAACCGAUGUUAUUCCAUAGGUUUCACUAGGUGAAC